AUGAUUAUGGAUUUUCUGAGCGAGAAGUUUGCCCUGAAGAGCCAGCCGAGCAAGAACAGUGACUUCUACAUGGGAGCAGGAGGCACUUUGGAGCACGUUAUGGAAACUUUGGACAAUGAAUCCUUUUAUAGCAAAACGUCAGGCAGCAAAUGCGUACAGGCCUUCAAUCCUCUGCAAAGGGCUGAGCAUCAUGUGAGGCUGGAGAGGACAUCACCCUGCCAGGACAACGUGAACUACGGGAUUACUAAAGUGGAAGGACAGCCUCUUCACACAGAGCUGAGCAGGCCCAUGGACAAUUGCAACAAUCUUAGGAUGUCUCCAGUGAAAGGGAUGCAGGAGAAGGGGGACCUGGAUGAACUUGGUGAUAAGUGUGACAGCAAUGUCUCCAGUAGUAAGAAGAGAAGACACAGAACAACUUUCACCAGUUUGCAACUGGAGGAACUGGAGAAAGUAUUCCAGAAAACUCACUACCCUGAUGUCUAUGUAAGAGAACAGCUAGCUCUGAGAACAGAGCUCACUGAGGCCAGAGUCCAGGUUUGGUUCCAGAAUCGAAGAGCAAAAUGGAGGAAAAGAGAACGCUAUGGUCAGAUCCAGCAAGCUAAGAGUCAUUUUGCUGCCACAUAUGAUAUAUCUGUUCUUCCAAGGACUGACAGCUACCCUCAGAUUCAGAACAAUCUGUGGGCAGGGAAUGCGGCUAGCGGUUCUGUGGUUACUUCCUGCAUGCUGCCACGAGAUACGUCCUCCUGUAUGACACCUUAUUCCCAUUCACCCCGGACAGAUUCUGGCUACACAGGCUUUUCAAACCACCAGAAUCAGUUCAGCCACGUGCCCCUCAAUAAUUUUUUCACUGACUCAUUACUUUCUGGGGCAACCAAUGGACAUGCUUUUGAAACCAAGCCAGAGUUUGAAAGGAGGUCCUCCAGCAUUGCAGUUCUACGGAUGAAAGCCAAAGAGCAUGCAGCCAAUAUUUCCUGGGCCAUGUAA